GGACAUAAAAAUACUUCGUAGUUUCCAGCAAUAAAAAACGACAUAAACUURUUACAGAACAAAAUGAUUCGUCUCAGCCAUUCUAUUAUYUUCAAUUUCGUCGUCGCCUCGGUCUAUACCCGAAGUGCUCAAUCUCAGAUGGAGGUGAGAGAGACGUCUAUUUUGUGGUCGUGCGAGAUGACGCUAGCACACCAACACAGCGAAUCCAAUUGAGUCAAACCGCCCCUUUGUCAUGUUCAUAAUGAUAACCUGUGAAAAUCAAGCAAAAACUCUCACGUUGUGUUUUUUAUGCGAUUAUAUUUAUGUUGGACUGUGCAGGAAAGCCGAUCGAUCGAGUUGACCCGGUUUCAAAAGGACAUCCCACCGGUCUUAUUCCCCUUAUUUGAGAAUUURAACGAAAACGACCUUGAUUGCGUUCUAAAUUUUUCUUUUGCCGAUUCUCCCAUAGACCCUGACAAUGACUUUGAAAUWAAAAAAAGCGGUAUUUGGGAUGAGGUAAAAAAAUACGCCCUKCGGGAAAAUAAACGCGCCUUUCCCGAAGACGGUGAACCAUUCUGGCAAGAGUUUGAGCAUGUUGUCGAUAUGCAAAUAACCCGCACGAAUAACGUGGAUGCGUCGGCCUUGGCGGAUGUUACGUGGCCRGAGCUAUGGCAAGAAUUAAGUUUGAAUCAAAUCGCCGAAGCAGUCCAUGGGGAAUACCCYUGUUCCCUUCAGGCGGCCCUUGUCGACAAACUCUUUCGCGAAGGGAUAUCUCCAAACUGUUGCGGAAACCCCUACCGUAGCAACAAAGACUUCAAUGGUUURCAAGGACGCAUAGCAGACAUCAACACGUGGUCUUUCAGGGUGGUCGGUCCUAUAAAUUUUGCUUUGAAAUGGUACGAGGGAAUGCCGCGGCCCGAGGAAGUGGCAAUGUUGAUUGCCAAGGGUGAACUCACAACCGAGAAAGACGGUGUCCCCGCAGGCGUUGUUUCAAAAAUCARAGAGCUAGGCCUUUUGCCGGGAAGUAAUGCCGCCGAAUUUACUGCCUACGAGAACGGAUGUCCGAUUCAUCCCUCCUGGCCGGCAAUGCACUCCGCUGCAUCAACCCUUAGUUUCUGGUUGCCAGCCAUUGUUGAACUCACCGGGGAGCAAUACUGUCAGGCAUUGAGAACYGACUUUGCUGUCUCCUACGGUCGCACUGUGGCUGGUGUCCACUAUCCCCAAGAUAACUUGGCAGGCCUGAAUAUAGGCAUGAAAAUUAUUCAUAUGAAACUACCUGAAUUUCUGGCGGAAAACUUUGGYUUCGACAAAACGAUCGUUGAAGAUCGACUCAACAAACUCUGGUUUGACUGGAACACAUUUGAUGCAAAGAACUGUAAAAUUGGCAACGAGUCGGCUGCAGAACGCAUAGCGAAAGUAAACGGAUACACACCAAACGUAAAUCCUGAUGGGAUGGGGGUCACGAUUGAAUUGUAAGUCUUGGUAGAGACUUCAUUGCGAGUGUCGCAUGUGAAUAAGAAUUACUAGGAUUUUCGUUUGUGUUAUUAGAGAACGUCAUAGAGUCAGUGCGCGGAUAGAAAAGAAAGGAUGUUGAUGUGAUUUGAGAAAAUACUAAAUCAAUAAGAAUAGAACAAAAUACAGUAAGAGGAAAAUUCAAGGAAAAACCUUUUCCGCCUAAUUCAAUUUGAAUGCACCCCCAAACAAGGGUUGACCAAUGUAAUCCGUGUACGGUACCACAAGUAUGUGAUAUAACUGUGGAGGAGUUCGCUCGCUCAGCGCGUGUACCGAAAUCGUACCAGAAAAUGUACGCUGUUUGUGUGGGAAAAGUUUUAGCGCUCAGUACAAAAACUCUUCACACGAUAAUUACACGGAGCUCAACAGAGUACACAUUCUGKUUACAUUUAUGGUACACUCUUGACCGUGCGACGCCACAGUUACUAUAUAUCACUUGUGUCAAGCUGGGAAGCAUGUUCAAUAGUAGCCAAGGCCGAAAAUAUCAUUCCUUUUGCUUCUUUCAUCGUCUCACCGAAAAUAAUUGUUGAUUGUGGAUGACUUCCGAAAUAGACCCCAUCAACUCAUAAAUGGUGAGAGACAAAAAGAUUUUGGCAUGUGACCCAYUGAUAAAAUAGAAAGACAUCGAAGAGAACAACGAAGAAAGUGAUGCUGUAUCGGCAAUUGCUUAGUGAUUGCUGCUGUACUACUCUAUCGYACGACAYAAUAAAUCCCACGAUMUUUUUUUGACAUGCCUCCUGUUGAAGUACGGUACAAGUGCAUAUGGUUGAAUUUGGGAUUGAUCCAGCAAAACAGACACAAUCGAUGUCGUCUCCAAUAAAGCGACAAUCAACCACAUUCAGUAUUCAUCAAUUAUGACAAUGGUGCCUUGUGGUGGCUGCUCUACUAUGGUUGAAACGCAAACGUGUGAGGCACCCGAGAGAGUGCCGGACCGAAGUAUUUCGGUGAGUACAGUGCCAUGGAACGCGAUAGAGUUUCACGCAAUCCGUGGCAAUACGAUUUAACAAWAUUGACAGGCUAUYAGAUGACCGUUUUUAAAUCACAUGAUUUUUUACCAUUGCAUUCCACUCAUUGAACCGUUGCCAUCCCAUAUUUCUUCUCAUAUUCGAAAACAACUGAAUACCGAAUACAACAUCUUGGCGUAUUGCUUUGUUCGUGAUGUUGUUGUUAUAUAGGAGAUUCGGUUCAACAAGCUGCCUCCUACCGAUGACCUCGAUAAAAAGUUUGUCGGUGACAGCAAGGAUUACGAAAACGGGGUACACAAGAAGAUCUUCCCACUCAUGCCCUCGGACUACCCUCUUUCCGAUUCGAAGGCGACACGACUAAUCGCUGCACGUGAAACUUUGGCCGAUUCCACAGUAUCCCUUGAUGACGACUUCGAGGUCGAURACGACAUUUUAGGCAUCGUCAAAGACGAUGCCCUUCAGAACAACAAACUUGUAUACCCUGGCGACGACGGAUACUGGGACGAGCUGGAGCAMGUCGUCGACAUGCAAAUUGCUCGCCUUGAAGGGAAGCCUCCAUCUGACUAUCAAACAUGGCCCGAGCUAUGGCAAGGAUGGGAUUUGACAAGAAUUUCUGCAGAAGUACGCGGGGAAUAUCCCGGCUUCCACCAACAGAUACUCCUCGGUGCUUUAUUUAGCCAAGGGAUCAAACCACACGGUCCCGGUAGCCCCCCCUUUCGCAGUAAGAGAGACUUUGUUGGCUUGCAAGUGCGAAUGGCAGAAAUCAACACCUGGGCCUUCCAUGCCGUUGCUCCCAUCAACUUUGGCCUAAAAUGGUCUGUUGGCAUGCCACGACCUGAGGAAAUGGCCUACUUGAUUGCCAGGAACGCGGUGAAAGACGAGAACAACAAAGACUUCAAAAGGAUCGCACGCAAGAUCAAGAAGAUCGAAGACAUGAAGGAAAAGGACCUCGCCGAUACCGAUGAUACUUUCAGAUACAAGGCAACGGAUUUUACUGCCUACACCGAUGGAAAGAACAAGGGAUCCCCUACCCAUCCUUCCUGGCCCGCAAUGCACUCCGCUGGAUCAACCAUUAGUACUUGGUUGCCUGCUAUUGUUGAGCUUACUGGGGAACAGUACUGUGAGGCAUUGAGGACUGACUUUGCCGUAUCCUAUGGUCGCACCGUGGCUGGUGUUCACUACCAGCAGGACAAUCUUGCAGGCCUUAACAUUGGUAUGAAAAUCAUUCAGUUGAWGCUGCCAAAAUACCUCGAGGAGAAGUUUGGUUACGAYGCAUCUGUUAUUGAAAGGAGACUCAAUGCACUUUCGUUUGACUGGAACACUUUCGAUUCAAAGGCUUGCACGAUCAAUGGAAAGGAUGCUGCAGAGCACCUGAAGAAUGCGAUGGUACCUGAAAUGCCUCCAGGAUACAAGAAUAGCGAGAAAACAAAAUCAAAUGUUAAGAAUGCGAAGAAUGGGAAUGGGAAGAUUAUCCGAAAUUCUAUCAAAUCCAUUGGAAGCCAUUUGCGUACGGUAACAUCUGUGGGCGUGGUGGAAUAAURCAUUUAAUACUUUAUUGUCUAUUCGAUGGAGAAUAUAUGCCAAAUUUUCAAUCCGAAUUUGUCGUUUGGGACGCUAGGAACUUUGAUUAUGAAUUGAAUGUUCGAUCACCUAAGUUGAAAAUGCGUGGAUGCUGUGAGAUGAGAUCACUACUAGCAGCUAAUGAAUACACUCACUCUUU